GCUGGCUUUAAAUAGAGGAAGGCUGGGAGAUAAGUCGGAAGCUGGAGGUGGAAUUUCGGGCAGCGCCUGAACUUUGGGUAUUUGAGUAACCUGGCUCAUGCUGCGCUUUGUGCGGCCCAGGAUUACAUGCAAAAGAUGGCAUCCCUCUAUCGCUCCUUUUUGGUGCCCACUCGCUUAAUGCUGAAGGCCUCCAAAGUUAUGUUGACCGUGUAUGGUGCUAGUUGUGUUGUUGCUCUUUUCUACUGUAUGUGGGCAUUGUGGCUGAUCCUUACUAAGGGCCCCAGUCAGGUGUUCCGGAAGACUUAUGAGGGGCUACCACCAAAGAUUCUCACUGAAUCCUGUUAUGGUGAACACAAGUAUUUGACUUUGAAAAGUUGGGUACGGCUCCACUACAUUACAGCUGGUGAAGAAGGGGCAUGCCUGACUUUUUUGCAUGGAUUUCCCCAGAACUGGUUUUCAUGGCGCCAUCAACUGAAGGAGUUCAGCCAAACCUUUAAGGUGGUGGCACUUGAUUUGAGGGGCUAUGGCUUUUCUGAUGCACCACUGGCUUGUGAGUGCUAUCAGAGGGAUGUUCUUCUGGAAGAUAUACAUGGUGUCAUCAAAGCCCUGGGCUCCAGUGGAAAAGAUGUGGAUCCUAAGUGCAUCCUGGUAGGUCAUAAUUGGGGAGCAGUACUUGCUUGUGAAUUUGCUGCCACUUACCCUAACAUGGUGGAGAAGCUGAUUUUUAUGAAUGGUGUUCCAGGACAUGUUCUCUUUGAGUAUCUCCCAAAACAUCCCACCCAAAUUAAAUACCUGUUCCAACUAUCAAAGAUACCAGAGUGGCUGUUGUCCUUGGAUGACUUCAAUUUAAUAAAAGGCACCAUGAUGAGCAAGAAGCCAGAAAUCUGGGAUGUCGGUUCACAGCAGUGGAACUGGAGCUUUUAUUUGUAUGGUUUCUCAAGGCCUAAUGGUUUAACACCACCCAAUUACUACAGGAAUUUCCUCAGCUGGAUGCCUCCAAAGCGCAAAGAUAUUUUGGUGCCUGCUCUGCUGCUCUGGGGACAGGAUGAUGCAUUCCUGGAAGAGGGGCUGAUCAAUCAGACACUACCCUAUCUCCAGGGCAGCUACCAUGUGCAGGUCUUCCUAGGCUUGAGCCACUGGCUACCUGAGGAACAGUCCGAAGAGGUCCAUCAAGUGAUGUGGGAUUUCCUUCAAGGGAAGAAAUGUGGUGAAGAGUUAGAGUAAUUGUUCUGUAAAGUAAAGACAUCCAUACUACUUGGCAUGAAGGAAACAGCAGCAGCUUGGCCUAGCUCUGGAUUUCUGAUCCUCGCUUCCCCGUGGAAUGUCUGCAUGGUAUUGGGAUUCAAGUCCUGUGUAGCAUUAAUUGGCACUGCCCCAAGCCCCACUUCCUUUGCACUGCUGUAAAGGUUAAAAUCCAGUGGAAAAGCAAGUCUCAGCUAUAUUUGUUGAUGCACCUUACUGUGGCCAAGUCUUGCGCUGUUCCUUACUGAAAAAGCUUGAAAGACAAAAAGUUGCUGGUUUGAAUCAUAUUGAAAUCAAAGUUCUCAUGAUGAAGUCACCCUCUUACUGAACUAUGAACCUGGGAUGUACUGUCAAUGCAUUAUGAAGAAUUUGCUUCCUGACCCACAGAGGGCUUGGAUGAAUGACGGUGCUAGCAGACAUCCUGAAAACACCCGAGAGGUCAGGAAACAACUUAAGUGGACUUAACUUUACAAAACAAAAA